AUAAUUGACACGGGGUUGUUUUUAUCUAGUCACCGUCUUCGAUCACCUGCGAGUACUUGUUACUAUGGUAAACAUCAUGGCGGUUGUGAUAGUUUGACAGAUGAAUUAGCAUUUUAGCAGUAUUACCGUCAAUUCUGAUAAGUUAAUCAUACAGAUAAAGUUUUGGUAAAAUAAGAACUCCAGCACGAUGUCUCGAGCCCAGGCAGAAAGUGUUAUCAAGAACAUCAUUCGAGAGAUAGCUCAAGAAUGUGCCAGCAAGGGACAGGCAGUGUCAGAAACUUUAGUUGCAUUUAUGGUAAAAGCAGUGGUACUUGAUCCAUCCAAUGAGUUUAAUGUGGACAGAACAUUGACCAAAGAUGAUGUACAGAAAUUAAUCAGGUUAUGUGUAGAUCGUCUUAUGGAUACAAGGUCUCCAGCUUUAGACACUGUCAAAAUGCAAGUGUACUUUGACAUGAACUAUACAACAAGAUCUGAUUUCUUGGAUGAACAUAGACGUGUGUUGGAAUCACGUUUACAGCCAGUACUUCGUGAGAUCACAGACAGUAGAGCGCGAACACGUGAAGAAUUAGAGAGCUUGUACCGUAAGAUUGUAUCUGCCGUGUUAUUGAGAUCUGGUCUUGGUAGUCCUACAGAUAUUGCUGUUGUCAGAGAGGCUACAGCUGCUUUGCAGAGUGUUUUCCCUCAAACUGAACUUGGAACAUUUAUGUCCCUCACUAAACGGGACAAGGAAAGACAACUGCUGGAGUUAACAAUGAUUGUUACAGGAAUACGACUCUUCAAUAAGGAGUGCGGAAAAGGUGGAGAGGGUAUUGAUGACUUGCCAGCUAUUCUGAAUGAAGCUGUACCAGCCACCACACAGAAUGUAGAUGCAGAAAUUCAUGCAGCGCUCCGAUCUGCUAACAAAUACACAGCUCUGAUAGAGAAGAUUCAGGCAGGGGACAAUGCCGAGGGGCCAUCUGUUCAGUUGUUAAAAGAGGCCCUCAUAAACUCACGACAGCACGAGGCCUUCCUUAGAGUUAUAUUGAAUGAUGUUAUAAGCUGUGCACAGCAAGUAGAAGCAUUAGAACAACAGCUAGCUGCUAGAAUGGAGCAGUUACAAGCUACUGUACAGUCAAAAACUGCCGUCCCUACAGCACAAGUCUAUCCACAAUUUAUACAUUUGUCACAGCUAUGGAGUGGAUUUCAAGAUGAAAUGGUUCUUCUCAGUGUGCUGAGUAACAUUCUAGCUAGCCUUGAUCCUUUUACAAGGGGUCACAGGGAGUUGUUUAAUGAUGAAGUCCUUAUUCCAUUCCUGAGUGGGGUCACUAUCAAGACUGAUGAAGAAAGGAUACAGGAGAUGUCUGGUGCAGAGUUCAGGGUAAAUCCAAAAGAUUUUAGAGAAUUAGACUGGCUGUUUCCAGAGACAACUAAAAACUUCAAUAAAUUACCAUUACAGUAUAGAGGAUUUUGUGCAUGGGCGCUAGCAAAAUAUGAUCGUUUAUUAUUACCUGCCAACCCAGAGAUAGGUGUACUACGAUAUCAGGAUCAUUAUUAUGCCUUCUCUUCAAAAAAAGCAGCCAUAGAAUUUGCCAAUAAUAUAGAAGGGUUCAUUCAUCAAGUAGCUGAAGGAGCCAAAAGAAGUCCAGAGUUAAUUCAGUUGCUAGAAUUACAUACCCAGUUUGCAACAAUUACACCUUAUUCACAGGGCAAGGAUCAAGGCCGUAUGAUAGAGAAGCCUGUGACGAAAUAUGACAGUGGAACACAGACGGACACACAUAUACUCGAAUCCAAUAUUGUCAAAUCAUACGAGUGGAAUGAAUGGGAACUUAGAAGAAAAGCAAUAAAACUGGCCAAUCUACGAACACGGGUGACACAUUCCAUGCAGACAGAUCUCAGCAACAUGAGAAGAGAUACUGCUAUACAAGUCUGGCCGCCAAAGGAACAAACGACCCAGACAAAGGAGGAUAACUAUACUAAUGUACCAAAACCACAGGUGUUCCUGGCAGGACUGCGCGGUGGUGGCAUGUCUGAGCCCACACAAAUGACCAAAAUGGAUCUCACCAUUGAUGUAGAUCAGACGUAAUAUUGUGAAAAGCUAAAAAAAACUUUAUAAGACUCCAUAGGAAAUAACUAGAAAAUUGGAGAAAAAAUCUACAGACUAAAUUUGAUUGAAAUCUGUCAGUCAUAGUCAACUACAUUAGAAUUAAAAGAAAGUGAGAUAGUAUUUUGUGAUGGACUUAAAUAAUAAGCAAUAUAAUGGUCAGUUUAUUCCUCGGUUAUCAAAAUUGUGUUCUCUCUGGUUUCUUUUUGACUUGGAACAGUGUACAGUAAUCUAAUUUCAUCCCACAUACUAUAUGAUAAGUGUUGCUCUAAAUAUGGCUUUAGAAUAUAGAUGUAAUACAAAAUAAAAGUCUGGUCCGACUUUCAAAUUUUAAUCAAAAAGUACUCUUUUUGAACCAACUGUCCAAAAUAUUGUUUUAUUUUUAUUAAUAAAUGUCUGCAAUUUAAUAUUUGACAUAGUAAGGUCAUUUUUUCUUCAAGGAUAUCAUCCAAAAUUACAGUUUAAUAUUUUAAAACGUUUCAAUUCUUUAAUAAAGGCAUCUAAAGUAAUGUAAAAUGUGAUGUUCCUGUUCUCUGUGAUCUUUUCAUUCAUUUGAAAUACUACAAAUAAAUAUUCUACAGUUCAUACAUCAUGAUCAUUUUGAUCAGCUUUCACAAUGGGGAAACUUUUACACACACCAUUAUAAUAUGAGUUAUCUGUGAUACAUACAUCUAUGUUAGUGAAUUGUUUUGAAAUGAACAUCCAGAAAAUGUG